AUGGACAUCAUCCCAGGCACCUGGAAUGAAUCCUUUGGGGGAGCAGGAUCUGGGAGUGGGCCCCUAUCUGGGCCCUGGUACAGCACACACAAGACUCAGCUGUUUGGAGUUUUACUUGCUGCUGCUUCAAAUUUUCUCAUCAGUGUCUCUUUGAAUAUACAGAAAUGCGCUCACCUCCGGCUGGUUUGCCAGGCAGAGCCGAAGCCGUGCUACAGGAGCAAGCUGUGGUGCUGUGGCAUUGCCCUCCUGGGGCUGGCAGAGCUGGGCACUUUCACAGCCUAUGCCCUCGCCCCCAUCGCUCUGGUGGCUCCACUGGGAUCUGUUUCUGUUAUAGGUAGUGCAUUUAUUUCUGUCUUUUUCCUAAAGAAGACCAUGAAGACUGCUGAUAUAUUGGGAGGAACGCUGACAAUAACAGGGAUAUAUUUGUUGGUCAUAUUUGCUCCAAAUGUACCGCAAGAGCUCACAGCAAGACAAGUGCAGAAUUACUUAGUGAGCUGGCCUUUUUUGGUAUAUUCAAUUUUAGAAAUUCUAAUAUUCUGCAUUCUCCUCUAUUUUUACAAAAGAAAGGCUGUGAAACACAUCAUGGUUUUGUUAAUGAUGGUAGCUCUACUGGCAUCCCUGACUGUCAUUGCUGUUAAGGCUGUGUCCAGCAUGAUAGCACUUUCUGUGAAGGGGAAAAUGCAGCUAACCUCCUCCAUUUUCUAUAUCAUGAGUGUUUUAAUGGCAACUUCUUGUGCUUUCCAAAUCAAGUUCUUGAAUCAAGCAAUGCAUCUGUAUGAAGCAACAGCAGUUGUCCCCAUUAAUUUUGUGUUCUUCACCACCAGUGCCAUCAUUUCAGGGGUCAUAUUUUAUCGGGAAUUCCAAAGUGCAGCUUUACUGAGCGUGUUCAUGUUUCUGUUCGGGUGUCUCCUGUCUUUCCUUGGUGUGAUUAUAAUUGCAAGAAAUAAAAAAGAGGAGCAUUUACAAAUCCCUUUUAUUGACUGUGGACAUAUUCCUGGAGAAAAUCUGACAGGCAAAAUACAACCAGAUUCUCAUUGUUCAUGCUAUGGCACACUGAAUAAGGAAGAUGACUUGGUGAAAAGUCAAAGCUGA